UCUGUUAAUUCAGGAAUGCUUUGAUAGUUUUCUUAAGCAGAUUACGUCCCAGCCGGACAGCCUGCAGUGCCAGACAUCUGACCAGCUGUGCAGUGGCUGAACCACUGUCUUGUUUUGAUGGUGAUCACGCUGUUUUCCUCAACAACUUCCCCUGCGACCGCAGUUUCACCGACGGAUGAGGUUAUAAACUAUCCGUACAGCUAAUCACAUAGUUGGCUAAUAAUAAUAAUUUAAAAAAAGCUAUUGGCAAAAAAGGAAGUAAACAAAAAGGGCUGCUAGACGCAUAAAGUUUUUCUAACCAGUCAAAACAACAUUCCAGCUCCUGAGGAAUUCUGUGCAGCCGAAAACAUAGUACGUUAAUUUUUCCACGGAAACAGUGUGGUUUUCACAUUAUCUACUAUUACUCAGCACUCCUCAGAUCUCCUGCAAAAAAGAAAAACAUAAAAAAGGAAAGAAACACGUGCACCUUUACACAAGCUCUGUUUAGCCCCUGCAGCACCUCAGCACCCCUCCCCUUCUAACCUUUAUAAAUACUCAACUGGGAGGGCUGCAGGACCCCAGAUACGACCUGCGUGAACAAGGGUAGUCAGGGGGCAGUUAAGAAGAAAAAAGAAAAGCAUUUUUUUAUCAGAAAAGACAAAUACAUUUGCAGCUCAUCCAGAAUGUGGCUCCAAGUAUCUCUCUCCUUCUUCUCCUUCUUGUUCUGUCAAUGUCAGGCUCAAAGCCAAGCCUCUCUCCGCCGCUUUAACGACCCGGCCGGACGCUGCCAUUACACCUUCACUGUGCCCAGUCCAACGGAGUCCAGCUGCUCUGGAAGCAGCACCAAGCAAGAACUGACCGGAGUCCUGUCUCGGCUCACCUUGGUUGAAGCUCUUGUCAGUCGCCUGGUUGAUGGAGCGGAUGGAAGCAGCGGUGCCGGGACGGCGGAGGAGAGUCUCCAGGAAGCUUACAGCCAGGUCACAAGGGAAAGGGACCAGCUGCAGCAGGACAAGGAGCAUCUGAGCCGACAGGUCCAGAAGCUGCAGACCUCUCUGGCCGAGCUGGACCGGGAGGCGGAGAGCCUGAGGAAGAGAUCCUGCCAACAGACUGAAGCUUCUGAGGGAGCUCUGUACAACUACAGACCUGGCAAAGAUCCUGUACAUGAUUUGAGGAACGAUGCCUAUCAGGAGAUGAAGGCCGAGGUGACAGAGCUUCCUGCAUCCCGCCUGCUCCCUGAGGGAAACCUGAGCUUCACAGGGUGUGGAGAGCUACUGUCGGUGGGAAACCCUGUGCUGCACAGGAAAGCUGAUAGCAUAACAGGAAAGUACGGCGUGUGGCUGCAGGACCCCGACCCUCGGGGCCCCGGUUUCACCAACCAAACGGUGUGGCGCAUCGACGCAGUGGGGACAGACGUGCGUCAGCUCUUCAUGUAUGAAGACAUGGAGCAGUUUUCUCGAGGCUUCCCCUCUAAAGUCUUGGUUCUACCAGAGCCGGUGGAGAGCACAGGCGCCACCCUCUACAGAGGCUCGCUUUACUACCAACGCCGACGGAGCCGCACGCUGAUCCGCUACGACCUGGUGACGGAGAGUCUGGCAUCUCGCCUGGAGCUGCCGCACGCUGGCUUUCACGGCCAGCACCCUUACUCCUGGGGGGGCUACACAGACAUUGACCUCGCCGUGGAUGAGCGGGGUCUGUGGGCCAUCUACAGCACGACCAAAGCCAAAGGCGCCAUCGUCAUUUCCCAGCUGGACCCGGUCAGUCUGCAGGUGAAGGAGAGCUGGGAGACCAAGAUCAGGAAGAACUCGGUUGCCAACGCCUUCAUGGUGUGUGGACGCUUGUACACGGUGGCCAGCUACACCGCCGCAAACACCACCAUCAACUUCACGUUCGACACAGCCACUGGUGAGGGCCGGGCCACCUCUGUGCCCUUCAAGAACAGGUACCACUACAACAGCAUGGUGGACUACAACCACGCCCACAGGAAGCUGUACGCGUGGGACAACUUCCAUAUGGUCACGUAUGACGUCAGACUGGGCAGACCCCGCCACGGAGCCAAGUAAAGUCAAACACAGAGAGGCUUUUCAUGCAUUUUAUUUUGUAUUUGCAUCUUGAUUUUGUGAUGUGUUAUAAAAAGAAGAUGACAAACAGAAGCAGAUCUGUGCCGCUCUGAUCUGGUCAGUAACUGAGCAUGAUGUUUGUAAAGUAUUAUUUUAUCUGUUGAAUAAAAUAUGUG